UUGAUUCAUUUUAAUCUUUCAUUUCGAUCCGUUUCUUGGAACUGAACGGCGGUUAUCAUCUUUUGUAAAUAAAGCAAAUGGAUACGCAAAAAAUUCUCUUAUUUACCUUGGCGUUGUUUUGUUUUGAUCUGUCCGAUAGUGCGCCAGUUUUCAAUGGCUCGUUGAAAAAUAUUAACGCAUCAAACAAAUAUGAAGAAGAUUUUCGAUCAGUAGUAUCAGACAAUGUAACAACAUAUAAUGUUUCUAAAGAUGACUUGAUGAACAAUUUGACCAACGGCGACGUAUCACAGGUUCUGCACGAAAAGUCUACCUUGAAAAUUGGUGGUAAAGGUAAAACAGGGAGAGGGGGCUCGAAAAGUAACAGAGAUGGCAGUAAAGGGGGUGGUCGUAUUACUAUAUAUAGACCGAUAAGAAAAUACAAUCAUUCCAGUGGUGAUUCAACAAUCACAUAUAUCAUGAUUGGAUGGAUAGCUUUCUUAGGUGUGAGUGUCGGGAUUGCACUAUGGUUACACAAAAGGUGUAAAAAAAAUGAGGAUGAAAGCAUUGAAAUGGAGAACAAGAACAAAGACAACAGCCAGGGAGAGAAGGAGAAUGUGAACAAAAAGGAGAACAAGGAAAAAGAUAAGAAAGAAGAAAGCGAGAUGAUUUUAAAAAGGAAUGAGGAACAUAUGUGUAAUAAUAAUAAAUACUGCUCUAUAAAAUAUUAAAAUUUUUAGAGAUUUAUUCAAAAGAAAUUUAUACAUUGAAAACAUUGUUUAACAGUGUGUACAUUAAAACAGUAUACAUUAAAAACGGUAUACGUUAUCCCUGAAAUGUUUAAAUUUAAAACUGGGAUUCUAUACACAAAAUUACAAGAAAAAUAAAUGAUUUUUCUAGUAAUUUUGAACAUCAGUAACGCAAGAAAUCAAUACCCUUCACCAUUUACUAAAUAUCCGUUGCACUCUUCAGUGGAUCUCAGCUCAUGUUGGAAUCCAGGGGAAUGAAUGCGCAGAUGCCCUUGCAAAGGAAGCACGCGACGAAGAUCAACUUCGAGCCAAAGAAUAUAGCUCGAGCUGUCACCUGUGCAGAUGCGAAUGCUGUCGCCAGGCGAAGGACCAACUUUUUAGCAAGGCAACAAUCCCCGAUCUAAACUGCCCAAUAAACCUCUCCUCUACAAUAGCUGGGCCAAAGAACUACGUACUAGACAUUUCAAAGGCAUGAAGAUCUCACGCACCAAUAUAAAAUUCUAUCCCAUCUGCAAGUACUGUCCUCAUUUGCAACCAACUCCAGACAAUGUUUUUGACUGCCAGGCCAUUAUCGGCUCCCUCUUUUAACUUGGAGCACCCCCCAUCGAAAUUCUCCAUGGCCAUCGCGCUAGAGAACUUGCAAAUCUUAUUAUAAAGACUUUUGGAGGACUCUAAUCUUUGCACUAGCACUGUAUGCAUAGACAUGACAAAUGAUUGUAAAAUUUUCUUACAUUAAGCGUCUCAGUUUGUGAAUAUAAUUUAAAAUGGCUUUGAAGGCUUUUGUGCUUUAUAAGAAAUAUGUUAAUGCGUAUAAUAGUUAUCUUAAAAGAAAUGUGUUAUAGUAGAUUUUCAAAAUUUUCACAAUUUUUAAACUAUUGCCAUGGAUAAAUUUGUAAUUCAAAA